CCCGAGGAUAACUAAAAAUAUAUAUGUAAAUAAUUUUACAAAUGUCACUGAAAAAUUACGCGUGUGUCAAAACCUUCAUCAAUGUGGGGGAAAUUUAACAAGUGGCUGUUCCAGUCUCUCAAUAACUUUGCGCACAUACAAGUCAUUUGGAUCACAUCAUAUACAUAUUGUUUUUUUUUACCAUUUAUUAACUAAUAAAUAAACAAUUUUUCAAUCAUCAGCCAGACAAUUUUAUUGGUAACAAUCAAUUAUUAUUAAUAUUAAGAAAACGUUGGUAAGGAGGCAAUAAUAAGAGUAACAGACUGGUUAAGAGGAAUCUGGGAGAUGAGAAGGAACGGCGGACCAGUGCAGCAAUGGGUUGACUCCAUUCCAUCUCCUACUAAAUCUUCAAUUGACAUCCACGUUGAGUCUCAUGAAAGUUCAUCGUCAUUAGUACCUGAGGAACAUCACUCGAAAAAAGUAUCAUCACUUAAAAAUCCAAUCAUGACUUUAUCAGCACCAAGCUCACCAGCAAUUACAAUGUCAGGCAUUCCAAGUUUUUCACGCAGUAGAUUAGUACGAGAUCCAAGUCUGCAAUCUGACAGCAGUCACUGCAGCAGCGUGGAAAGUCUUCUGGAGUUACGUAAACCGGAUCCAGAAGCUAUUCUUCUGGGUCUAGGAUUCGGUGGCUAUUACAAUAAUGCCCAACCUGAUGGACCACUUUCGCGAAUUCCAAAAAGAUUUUUGCAACCUUCUAAACUUCGGGGUAUUGUUAUAGAUGAGUUCGUAAGACAGCAGCAAGAGGCCAAUGAAUCAAUCGAUACUGCAUCGUUGGGAUACCGCGGACUUACUGGAUCACCAUAUGUAGCGCCAUCAGAAAUAGUUCAGAAAAUCAUGGAACGUUUGCGGGAACACGAGAGUCAUGAAUUGGAUCUACAAACAAUUUAUAAUAAUAAUAAUAGUAACAAUCAAAAUAAUGAUAGCAGUGCAGAGGCACACAAUUCUCAUGCAAUGCCGGAAGUUCGACUCUCUGUACUGUCACCCAACAAUAGACAAUUUCUUGAUCGAGAACGUUCACGAAGUCCUGACAUGCGAAACAAACGUAUGAUCAUAGGACAAAAAUCAUUUGCUUUUAAUGGAGACGGUGAACUUAUAGAAAUAAUAAAACCUGAAAAUCACCAGAAUUGUGUACCAAGUAACAACUCGACUGACUCUAAAACUGACCUAAAAAAUUCCUAUAGAUCAAGCUCAAUUACUGAUAAUAAAGACUUUAUUUGUCAGACGCAUGAUAAUAAAUCAUCAGAAAAAUUAAAAAGAAAAAUAAUAAAACAAAAAUUUAUUGAUGAUACUUUUGAUUCAUUAUCUGGAUCUGAUCUAAGUACAAUUGAAUCUGAAUCAACUGCAGAUGAUUUAAAUACAAGUAGUAAUAAAAAUGAAUCAGUAGAAAAUAAUGGAAAGAAUUGUAGUUUAAAUUCAAGACAAUCACGUAAACUUACACGAGAUAACAGAAAUCAACAAGAAUAUGAUGUGACGUCAAGCAGCUUUCGAAGAGCCAGUGAUGGUUCAUAUAAUUUUGAUGAUAAGCAUUCGAGUUACAGUAGCGAGGAAGGUCGGCGGUUCAGUGACGGAGUUAUAAAACAGGCAUCUGAUAGAAGACGGAGUUUUCGACGUCAAGCAAGAAUUAAUGACGUCGAAGCUGCGUCUUAUGAGAAUGAUGAUGUUCCAGUUGACCAAGAAAAUAUUAAAUUACCAUCGAUUACUAUCAGUUCGAGUGAACGUUUAGAACCAGAGCUUAACUCUGAAACUUCUUGUAAUUCAGAACGUCGUGAGCUUUGCUGUAAAAGCGACCAGUCGGAACAGUUGUGCAGACAUGAUGCUGAUUCUCCAGACUGUUGUUAUCAUGCCAGCAGCACUAGUUGCUGGAGAAAGAUGCGUAAAAUAAUUAAGAAGAAUCAAAAACUGGAGAAUAUGGUGGUAAAAAGUAGAGAGGAAAUGGCUGAGAUCCGAGGGAUGCUCAGCAGCGUUUUAUCUGUGAGAAUGGAACCUGGAUUUUGAUUGCUCAGAUAAUCAAAAAAAUAAUUAUUUAAUCAAGUGCCAAGAGUUCUUAAUUAUAACGCCAAUUAUUUAAGUAUCUACAUACGUAAUUAAGUUUAAUUUGAAGCCUAAUACAUAAUUAAUAUUACAAAGACCUCAUUUGCCUAAAAUAUUUGGCUGUUUAUAAAUAAUCUUGUUACUUUUUACAAAGUUUACUUAUGAAGACGUCACUGUUUUAAAUAAACUCGUUAUCGUCUGGUUGAAGACACUGAUAUCAGUAAAAUAACAAGGGAAAAGUUUGAUAGUAGAGUAAAUGGAAAGAAAAAAUUAAUUUAUUAAUUGAUAGUCUUCCAAUAAUUUAAAAGCAUUUUUUUGAUUCUGUUUUUUAUUUUUUGUUAUGACAGAAAAUUAAAAUAGUGCCUAAGAAAAAAUAAUGGAAUAUAUUUAUUUUAUUAGAAAUUCAAAAAUAUUUUUUAUUGAAUUUAAUAAUAGAAAGAAAAAAAUACGAUACUGAAAUUAGACGUCUGAUAAUUUUUGGAUUUUUUUUUUUAAUGAUAAAACAAAAAAAAAAAUAUUUUGGAAAAAUGCAUCUGUAGUUUUUAAAAUUUUCUACAUGUGCAUAUUUUUAGUUUUUUAAAUUAAGGCCAAUUUUAGACAGCCCGCACUUUUUAAAAAUAUUCAGUGACUCAUCGUAAUGAUCGUAUUCAAAUUUUGAUAAUUAAUUUAAAAAAUUAUUUACAGUUGACAUCAAUUAGGAGGUAAACAAAAUUGGAAAAUUUCCAGGCUAAAAUUUAUUUACUAAAUUUCGUUCAACUCCAAAUUGAUGACAACUGUCAGUAAUUUUUUCAAAAAUCAAUAUCUCGGUGAAAUUGUAGCUGCGUAUCUUUUUUCAAUCAAUGCUUUAAUUUUCUUGAAAUUAAUUAAUAAAAUUUCAAUACGCUUAUGACAGUUCAGUCAUUGAAUAUUUUCAAAAAGUGGGGGCACUGUUUGAGAAUGUCCUUAAUUGAAAAAAGGACAACGUAUCUGCAUUUUCACUAAGAUAUGAAUUUUUAAAAAAAUUAUUUAGUUGACAUCAAUACGAGUGUGAAUAUAGCAGACAUCAGACAAAUUUAAAAUUAUAAAUAAAUAGAGUAAAUAAUUAAAAAAAUAAAAUUUUGAAAAAAUGCACUUGUUACUUUUAACACUUUUUAAACGCGCAUUUUUUCAAAAUUUUAUUUUAUUAAUUAUUUACUCUAUUUAUUGAUAAUUUUAAAUUUGUCUGUCGAAGAAUUUGAUGUCGAUUUCUUAAAUUUGUAGCCUACAGUAUAUUCAAAACAAAAAAUUUUGUCUAACUCCUAAUCGAUGACAAUUGUAAGUCAUUUUUUUAAAAUUCUAUAUCUCGGCGAAAUUGUAACUUUGUCCUUUUUUCAGCCAACGCUUUAAUUUUUUAAAAAUUAAUUAAUAAAAUUUCAAAACGACCAUUACAAUUGUUAUUGAAUAUUUUUAAAAAGUGGAGAGGGGGGGGGCACUGUUUGAGAAUGCCUUUUAAUUGUUGAAAAAAAAUCCAAAAAUUGUUUAUUGUCUGCUAGCUUCAGGAUCAUAUUAUUGGACUAUGGGACUAGUAAUUGUUCUUGAAUGAAUAUAAACAUCAUAUAUAUAACGAUCAAGUUUGUUGAAUCUCUUGGAAUAAUUUAUAAAAAAAAAAUUAUCCAGUUAAAUACAUAUCAUAUAUCUUAUUCUACUUACCAUAGAUACUUACAAUAAUCUAUAUACAUUUUAAAAUUUAAUUUAAUUUGUUACUUACCUUUUAUAGAUUUAAAUUUACAAAAUUAAAUUAUCGUAAUUCCUAAUAUUAUACUUAGAGUUUAAAACUUCGACCACAAAUUUAUCUUACAAAAUAAUAAAUCAAAAACUUACUGGAAUUUUACCAAAAACUUUG